CAAAACAACAUAUCAUUAACGACAGCAACCUAUACAGAGCAGGAAAGAGUAGGAGGGAGCGACAAGAGGUCGAGGGUGGGUAAGACACGGAAAAGGAAAAGGUGGCGGAGGAGAAGAAAUCAGAGAGAAAUGCCGACCAGGAUGUCAGGGAUGGAUGCCCCAUUUAUAGGCCAUAAUCAGACUGGAAACUCUUCAACAGACAACGGAACCUUCCUGCGUUUCUCCCCAACCUCUGGUUCCACGUCGGCGGCUGCCUCUUCACCAGGACGUCCGGGCAACGUUUAUGUUUACGUGUGGCUCUUCCUCGGCCUGCUGGUGUUCCUGCUGAGCCUGUUGAUCAUCUCCCUCCACAGGCUGAAGAACAUCAUCUCCUCCUCUUCUUCUGUCCCCGACUGCAGCAGCGAAGGAGGGAGCUCCUUCACCAACAUGGAGAUCUGCAGCAUCUCAUCUCAGAGGUCCACCAUCUCCUCACUGUCCACCUGAGGGAGAUGAGAGGGAGCACGUAUACGGACACAUGGACAUACAUACACAUAUGUCCAACUGCAUUUCACCAUGCACGCACGCAACAACAGGCAAGCACGCAAACACAUGAAAGCACACAGAGGCCCACUCCUCACUGUGACAGAAAACACAGCCACACAGGCAGCAUGGCAUACACACCAUGCAUGCAUAUUCUAAUCCCAGUCGCCCUGCGUUUCUGAUGUUUUCAUGCAAUUUGCAUGGGCGCAGGAGAAAUAUAGCUCAUGAUUGUGAUGAAGAGGUCUUGAUGGGUGAGAGUGACUGAACCCUUCUGAGGCUUGAUUUAUCAAACAAGACAAAUGAAGCCAGGAAAUAACUGUUAUCUCCCCCCUUCGUUUUUGCAUAACUAAUUUCUUGUAUUCUACUUGUUACAUUUACCGUAGAACAACUAGCAUUGCUCUCAAGUGAUGCUGUGUACAGCAUGACUCAUAGUGUCUGUAGACUACAUUGCAAGAUCAGAAUUACAAUAACAUUAAAGACUAUUACUUU